AUGACUCAUUUGACCCACCCAAAUUUACUUUGGGGAUCGGGCUGGGUCAAAUGACCUGCUUAAUCUGCAAUACGAGCAUACUGCUAUUAUCAUUUGUCACCACAAUUUUAAUUUCAUCUUAUAUCCAACCUGUAUUUAGACUCAUUUUAACAGACCUAUUUUUCUCCAUCAUGAAGGGGUCCACCGUCCACACCUAUUGGUUGAAUGUUUGGCAGCUUUUACUAUAAAUAGGAGGGCUAAGCUCCUCAUUCAACACACCAACAAAAACAACAACUUAGUAGUAGCUGUUAUUUUUUUUUUUUGAGUGUGUUGUAAUUCUUAGUUAUUUUUCCGUUGUUAUUACCGCAAAUAUUAUUUCUGUGGUGGGGGUUUAUCUCCAACACAUCAAACAUUGAGAAAGAAUGGCAUACACUGGUGUUAACUAUUCCCUGAAUCAUCUGGUUCGCCUGCUGAGCACUCCGGGCCUGACUUCCUCGAAAGAAUCCCAGAUCCCUAUGCUUAAACUGGAGCUGGGCUUCCUGAGAACUUUUCUCUGGUGGACGGCAAAACACUGUAGGGAGAAUGGGAAUUUGGAAGCUCUCUUACUGCAAAUCGAAGUUGUGGCACGAAAUGCAGUAAGUCACAUCCAACCCAUUCUUCUGAAGAGCGUUGAAGACAGCGCCAAAGAAUUGGAUCAGCGGUCUGCUGAAGUACUGCAUCACGUGCAACUUCUCAAGCCAGAGAUUGAAAAGGCUUACAUCAAAGUUGCAAAGUCUUCUACUCAUGCACCGGACGCAUUGAUGGUGGUGGAGUUCAUGAACUCUCUGAUUGACAAUCUGAAGGAUCUGCUUCGCUAUCGGGACCCUUCCACUUUUUCAGAACUCAGACCAUUUGUAACUAAGCUAAGGUUCUUGAGAAAUCUUCUUAGCUUUGUAGCUACACGUUGCAUCGACCAGAAGAAGCUGAAAGAUCUCACCAAUCAUACUGAAGGGAUAGCUAUCGAAGCAGCAUGUAUUCCUUUCAUGUGUGCGUUUGAUCCAAAAGAUGGAAAAAGUACAAUUUCCAUCAAGGACAAGCUCACGGAACUGACGCGGAAAAUUAAGCCCAGCACUCCAGACAUCAGAAGGAUUUACAUGGGAGUCCUCGGAGCAUUGAGUCGAUUGACAACAGAGACUGACAUUUCAGAUCCAGACUUGGCAUCCUUCAUAGACACUCUCCAAGAUUGUCUGGUAGAUUUACAAGACAACCAGCAAAUUUGGAAGGGCUCGUUGAAGGUUAACUUUGAAGUCCUCCACCACGAACUCACCUUCCUCAGUUCUUUUGCUAAGGACCCGCCAAAUCAAUUCAUUGAGAGUGACAAGUCGGAGUCGGAUGAUCCAAAAGCUGACCCAAUUCAAGUUCUCUUGGGAAAGAUAAGAGAUUGGAGCAGCACUUCUGAUGCUCAUUCCUUCAAGGACUAUACAGAAAGUUUGACAUUCAAAGGUCAGUUCACCCAUAUUCAAGAUCUGGCUGUUAAGGUGGGAUGUACCAUCUUUUUCUUCUUUGAUUUCAACGAGCUGGAAGAGCACAAGCUUGUCGAAGCAAAAACUACACUUGUUGAUCUAAUCAAAAAGAUCAAGCUCCUUAAGUCGGAGAUCGGAGUUCCCAUCCCACUGACAUUGCCUGAGGUUAAUAUCAUAAGGAUAGAUUACCUGGGUUUUAUAAGAAAUUUUAGAGAGCUACUUGACCAGCAGGCAGGUCCAGUCAAUUGCCUGAAGCGUCGUGCACUGGGAAUUGCUGACGAGCUGGAAUACCUAAGUUCUUUUCUCAAAAAUUGUGGAGAGAAUCUUGCAACCCAACUAAUGACUGCUGCGUACAGAGCUGAAUAUGUCAUUGAGUCGUUGUUGCUAAGAGACGGCACUGUAUUCAACCAUUCACUUUCUCUUAUUGAUGCUGUUGGAGAAAUGAAGAGAAUCAGAAGGGAGGUCAUGGCGUUUAACCAAAAGAUGAGGUAUGUUACUGAGCCCAAGGUUGUUAAUUUGACAAUGCCCUCCAGAGACAUGAUAAAUGUUGCUAAGCAGGAGGAACUGGUGGGCUUUACGGACGAAAGGCACAGAUUAAUUGAUGAACUGACAAGUGGAUCUAGUCAGUUAAGUGUCAUAGCAAUUGUUGGCAAGCCUGGAGUUGGUAAGACAACUCUUGCUAAGAGGUUCUACAAUGAUCCUGGAGUUUCCAACCAUUUUGAUAUUUGUGCUUUCCUCACUGUUUCUCGGGUCUAUGACAAUCGAGAAUUAUUACUUGAGAUUUUACGUGAUAUCACUGGGCAUAAUGACACAGUAGAUGGAAGGAUCUUUUCUGAUUUGCCGGAAAUGCUGGUCGAGCGUCUACAUGGAAAGAGAUUCCUCAUCGUAAUGGAUGAUGUGUGGGACGCUGAAGCAUGGAAUGUUUUGAGUGCAUCCCUUCCAAAGGAUGAUAGCACAGGAAGUAGGAUUCUCUUGACAACUCGAUCAGAUGAUGUGGCUCAGUAUACUGCAGCAGGCUUUCAACUACAUAAUAUACAUCAUCUUCGACCUCUUGGAGAAGAAGAUAGUCGGAUAUUACUUGAGAAGAAGAUUUUCCAACAAGAAUCUUGUCCUUCAGAGCUGAAGGGACUAGCGAAGCAACUUUCCAAGAAAACUAAGGGGCUACCGUUUGCAAUAAUUCUGGUUGCUGGUAUUCUUGCUAAUGCAGAGAAAACAGCAGAGCAUUGGACAGAAGUACAAAAAUCGCUAGACCAAACCAAGAUUGGUGGUAACGACCAAGAUUUGUCCAGUAUUAUUGGAAUGAGUUACCAGGGUUUACCAGAUUGUCUGAGGCAUUGCUUCCUCUAUUUCGGAGCAUUCCCACAGGAUGAUGAAAUUCUGACAUCUAAGUUGAUCAGGUUGUGGAUUGCAGAAGGAUUAAUACAACAAACCGAAGGGAAGAGCUUAGAGGAUGUGGCAGUGGAUUACCUAAUGCUCCUAAUUGGAAGAGGUCUUAUUAUGGCGGAGCAAAAGAGCUCAAAGGAUCGGGUGAAAUCAUGUAGAGUCCGUGACCUGAUAAGUGAAUUUUGCUUAGCUAAAGCCAAACAGGAAAAUGUUUAUCGGCUGAUGGACCAUCGCGGUGCUGAUUCCAAUAUCCCAGUCUCUGUAACAUGUGAUCAUCGCCGGCUGCUCAUUUCAUCUAAUUGGUGGGCUAAUACUUCAUUAGAAGUUUCUGGUCCACUUGUCCGCAGCCUGGUGGUAACUGGCAGGAGAUCUGAUUUUCCCCGGUCUCAUGUCUCAUCUCUGUAUCACAACUUCAAACUUCUCAGAGUUUUGGAUUUAGGGAGCGUAAAUGUGGGCAAUGAUUUUCCAGUUGGGCUUGAAAACAUGAAUCUGUUGAAGUACUUAGAAGUCCGGGGAGAAAUGACUUCAGUCCCGUCUUCCAUUGGCAGCCUCCAGCGGUUGGAAACUUUUGUUACGAUAGGAUUACGGGGAGAAGUUGCACUAUCUGAUGCUAUUUGGAACCUGAGAAAUUUGAGGCAUUUGCGUAUAGACGGCCGUGCUUCUUUUGGUGCCCCUGACUAUAAACAAGAAAUUUCAGGGAAGCUGCUGUCCAACUUGAGGACAAUGUCGACUCCAAUUCUUAAACACGGGGAAGAUUCAGAAGAGAUACUGAGAAGGUUACCACGUCUUGAGAAACUGAAAUGCAUCUGUCUUUUCCAAGAGAGACUGCUUCCCAGAAUGGACCUUCUACCUCAACUUGUCUCUCUCAAGCUAUUUGGCGAUGGUCCCGCUCUCUCUCCAGAUUUCUAUGAGUGGGAAUUGAAAUUCCCUUCAAGCCUCAGAAGGUUGACCCUCUCAGGGUGUCGCCUGACAUGGCUUCAAAUAUCAAUUAUUUUGGGGCAACUUCGCAAUCUUGAGGUCCUGAAAUUGCAGAACAACGCGAUUGAGGGUAGUGAUUGGGUGAUAAACGCUGGUGAUUUUCCCCGUCUUAACUUGUUGAAAUUAGAUACACUAGACCUUGAGGUAUGGUACAUUGUGGAUCCGCUCAGUAAGUUGAUCAGGUGGAUCAGUACCCAUAACCACAGAGGGCCGUUUCCCAGCCUUGAGCGACUGGAGUUGCAGAAAUGUAAGAAACUGAAGGAGCUCCCCGCUGGGCUGAAGAGAUGUAAAAAACUAAAGGAGAUCAAGGUAUUUUCCAGCACAUGGAGUUAUAUAUAUAAGAUUCUUAUAUUUUGUAGGAUAGAAGUAGUAAUUGCAUAUUUGAUGUCCUAUCACAGACGUAGUAAAAAAUAGAAACAAAAUUUUAUGAAAUUGUGUAAUGACCCUUACGGUGAUUUCUAUGUAUUUUCAUAUAAUUUUAGUACUAUUUAAAUGUAUCAUGAAUUAUUUAAUUUAAUUUG